CAAAACAAAAUCUUGUUGAACUUGAAUGAAGUAAAAAGGUAAACAACAACUGUCUCUUACAAGAUUUUGCAUGCUGCUGUCUCUGCAUGUUCACCCCUGUCAAGUGUCAGUGUCGGUGGUUCAUUUGUUGAGUGUGCCUGCUGGAUAUUUAUUCAUGACGUGACUUCCUCAGCUUUGUUUUUCCAACAAAUAAACUAUUUUAUCACUCAGUUAUGGCCGAAAGUGUGCGCAUUUUUGAAGGAGUUGAUAAAGAUUUAUUCACCAGUGAUAUCUACCCACAGAGGAAACCUGCUGUCCUGAGAGGUCUAGAUAUUGGUGAAUGCAAAACAAAAUGGACAGAAGAGUACCUCUGCAAAUGUGUUGGUUCUCAAGAGGUCAAAGUUCAUGUUAGCCCUUCAGCAAAUAUGGAUUUUGUAAACAAAAACUACGCAUACAGAACUUUGCCAUUUGACAAGUUUUUGAGACGUGCUGCUCAAUCUAAACAUGAUGAGUUCUUCUUUGAACCGGAUGAGAAGUAUUACUUCCGUGCUCUUGGAGGCGACCCAAGAAAGGAACCCGCAGAUAUAACUAAACAGUUUCCGUCUCUAGCACCUGAUGUAACGAUCCCUCAGUUCUUCGAAGCAGACACAAUGUUCUCCACUAUUCUCCGAUUAGGAUCAGCUGGGGUGCAACUAUGGACCCAUUACGAUAUAAUGGACAACCUCUUGAUUCAGAUCAGUGGUCACAAGCGAGUCGUGUUCUUCAGUCCUCAAGAUGCCACUAAUUUAUAUCUCACAGGAGAUAAGUCAGCAGUGUUAGACAUUGAGAAUCCAGACUUCAGUCGAUACCCAGCUUUCAGACAUGCAAGACCAAUGGAGUGUCACUUACAACCAGGAGAUGUUCUCUUUAUACCUGCACUUUGGUUUCACAAUGUCCGCUCCUUAGACUUCAGUGUUGCUGUGAAUGUAUUCUUCAGGCAUCUAGAAGCAAAUUGCUAUGACACCAAGGACCCUUACGGUAACAAAGACCCGCAAGCAGCUGCAAGAGCUCUGCAGAUUCUAAACAGAGCUCUGAAGUGCCUCGAAGAACUGCCGGACAACUACAGGGAUUUUUACGGCAGGAGGAUGGUGUCUCAGAUCGAGUCUAAAGUUUAUUUGAAGUCUUGAAAGACGGUUAGACAAUGAUGAGCAACUCGACAUCAAAACUCCAACAUCUGUCUUUCAUCCAGCCAUUUACAUUCCAGGUCGUGAAAGACGACGUACAGCAGCUGACAAACUCUUCCUUGUGGAAUAGGCCUAUGUUAUGAAUAAUUUAUGGGGAUCCCGUUCUUUUUAAGUAUAGCUGCGGGGAAGGUCUGAAAUGGGCAACAAAAAAGUAUUUGCUUCCUUUUUUCUACAUUAUGUCACAUAAAAAAAUAUUAUUAUUAUCAUUUAUUUUUCAAUAAUCGGAACAAUUUUCAAAAACAGCCUUGAAAACACAUAUUUUUUACAGAAUUGUUGUUUUCAAAAAGAUAUAAAAGCCGUUUUAUUAUCAUUAUUCCGAAAAUUCUUUGGUGAUUGGGAUUACUGCUUAUUUUGCUGCUGUUUUUAUUUUAUGCUGCAGCCCUUCUUUUAACUUGUUCUUGCUUGUGCACAGAGAAACUUUAUUAUUGUAGCAAGCACAAUGAGCAUGAUUUAUUUUAUUCGUAUAAAAUUUUUUUUAAAAGGCUGACACCUUACAAAUUGACAAAGUUUGUACAAAGUUAAGAAAACAGAAAUUAACAAUAAACGGGUGAAAUCAAUACACACACACACAUGAAAGCAUAGUUCAACUGAGCUGCGAAAUGUUAUCAGGAGACUUCAUUCAUGCACUUACUAGUGUGCGGAAUCAAGGCAUGCCGCCAUUGCUUUUAGUUACUUUUUUAAUCAGAGGCUUGUAUGGCCGGUAUUUAUUAAUGAGGCGUAUAUUAUGUACAAAUAUCUCUACAGUGUAGUUUAUGUUCGGCUUGAAGUUGUUUGGUAUAAACAGCUUUCAAACUGUUCUAAAGAUGCUAUGUCAGAUUUUUUGCCGAUUUGACAUGUUUGACCCAAAAAUUUUGAUUUAAAAUCCAAUA